AAGCUGGCUUGGCUUGUUUGUUUGCUUCUCGUGUACUGGUUCUCGGGGUCUCUUCCUCUUCUCUCUUCCUUCUGGUUUUGAUGGGUUUAGAAGGAAAAGUACUGAGUAAUGAGACACAUGUGAAAGCUGAGAAGGAUCACUGGUUGUUCAAAGCCUCAGUUUCUACACACUUUUGGCCAUGGGAGUGGUCCUUUCUCCAUGGCUUCUAAGUAAAAGAGAGCUUCUUUAAGAACCCCUUUGAGCUUGAGAAACUGAAAACAAAGUGGGCAAAGAAAUAGGCUCUGAUAUAAUUAAUACGUUUGUUUAGGAUUAGUUCUUCAAUUCCUUUCAGUCAUGAAGAGACUUGGUAGCUCAGAUUCAUUGGGUGCUUUUAUGUCCGUCUGCCCAUCUUCAGAGGAGAAAGCUGGGAGCUCCCAUGUUUACCGGAGAGGAUUUCAGUCUAUGUUGGAGGGCUUAGACGACGGAGAUUGUAUUGAAGAAUCCGGUCAGAUCUCCGAGAAGAAGAGGCGAUUAAGCGUAGAUCAAGUGAAAGCCUUGGAGAGGAAUUUUGAGGUCGAGAACAAGCUCGAACCAGAGAGAAAAGUGAAGCUAGCCCAAGAUCUAGGGUUGCAGCCUCGACAAGUGGCCGUGUGGUUUCAGAACCGUAGAGCUCGUUGGAAGACCAAACAAUUGGAGAGGGAUUACGGCGUUUUGAAAGCCAAUUAUGAUUCUCUUAAGCUCAAUUUCGAAGCCCUUCAACAAGACAAAGAAGCUCUACUUGCAGAGAUUAGAGAGCUGAAAGCGAAGACCCAAGAAGACAACACAGAGAGCAAUGUCUCAGCAGCUAAAGAAGAGAUCCUGAUCUCGGAAUCUGUCGAUAACAGAGUUGUUACCAAACAGAGUCAGAUCUCCGUUGCUGCUGCUGGUCUUGGAGGAACUGAGACACCUGAACCAAACCAAGAUUGUAACAACAAUACUGCUUAUGGAUCUUCCGACAGCGAUUCCAGUGCAAUCUUAAACGAAGACAAUAGCCCAAAUGCGGCAAUUUCUUCAUCUGGGGUGUUUCAGCAACAGCAGUUAUUGAUGUCGUCUCCAUCUCCGUCUUCGUUGAGAUUCAACUGUUCUUCAACGUCUUCUCCGUCACCCACUUCGCUCAACUGCUUCCAGUUCUCGGAUUCAAGAAUUGUUUCAAAAAAUGCACAGAAAUCGUACCAACCUCAGUUUGUGAAGAUGGAAGAACACAACUUCUUUAGUGCUGAGGAGCACUGCAAUUUCUUCUCUGAUGAUCAACCUCCUACCCUUCAUUGGUACUGCCUUGAUCAGUGGUAACUAAGGUUCACCCAGAUCAGGAAGGAACCAGAAAAAAGAGAAUUCUGUGAGAAUUUUGUAAAAUGAAAUUGUAUCUAAGCUCAAUGGAGACCAUUUGUACAAAAGAAGUUGCAGCAGAAGAAAAGCUCUCGAUCGAUUAGGGAAUGGAAUAAGUCCAUGAAGAAUAAGACAAACUGGAUUUAAAAAGGAAAAAGCAAGAAAAUGAAGACGACUUGCAGAGAAAGAGAAAGAUAGAGAUUGAAAAUUCACGUGGGUUCCAGAAGGGUUGAGGGGGUAGUGACGUACUGGAUCGUGAAUUAGUCUGCGUUUCUUCUGAUUUCUUUACGCUUUUACUGUGCCGUACUAAAUUGGCGGGAAUCAUUAGCUCGUUGUUAAACUCUCGUGUAAAAAAAAAAAAAGUUCAUAAUCUCGGGAUUAA